GUUCGGGACGUCGCUGGAGUGACUGCGGCCUCCAUACAAAAGUACUGGGUGUUACAACAUCUCAGACUACUCUUUGACCCUGAGAUCUGGAGAUAACACCAGAGACGUUUGGUGCGGAUUCGUCAUCUGACUUUCUGUUCGCUACUUUUUUUUCUGUGCUCUUGUGCGAUCAUUUUAUCUCAAUCUUACUACUGCGAUCAAGGUCGUCUUCUAGCAAGUCAAACACAGAGCCGACAGGAUGGGGGCAGCGAGCUUCCGCCGUCUCGCAGCAGACCACGCUGCAUUGCAUGAGGAGCUACCGCCCAACUACCUCUUCCCUCCGGACGAUGCCACCGCCGACGAUUUGACACAGCUUACGGUUCUUCUGGCUGGGCCACAGGGCACCCCUUACUCGCAAGGACUAUGGCGGCUACACCUCAAGAUGCCAGAUGACUACCCCAAAAGUCCCCCCAAGGCGACAUUCAAGACUCGCAUCUGGCAUCCCAAUGUGGAGGAGUUGACGGGGGCUGUCUGCGUGGAUACUCUGAAGCGGGACUGGAAGUCGACGUUGACAUUGAAGGAUGUGCUGAUUACGAUUUCUUGCCUUCUCAUCUACCCUAACCCAGACUCCGCACUGAACUACGCCGCGGGCUCCCUCCUGCAAGGCGACUACGAUGACUUUGCCCGUCAGGCCAAGCUGAUGACAUCCGUCCAUGCUUCUGUCCCUGAUGAGCUCAGGAGCGCAGUCUCCGAAGCGAAGAUGCGGGGCGAAGACGCCGGCACCACGAUUCCAAUCGAGCAGGAUGAACCCCGUACUCUCAGGCCACGCAAGGGGACCAGAGUCACAUCUGUGACGAUGAAGAAACGGACAACCCGGAAGAUCAGCUCGAGAACUACACCAGAAUCCGAAUCUACCACAACCCCUCAGACAACCUCAGCAGCCGUGCCAUCCCCCCCAAACGAUUUUAGCAGCAUACGCAAAUCCUCGAUCUCUCUCACAACCGACCCUAUUGCCCACCGUGAAAAAGAACACCCCCUAAACCUCCAGUUGCAUUCAACCACCAACAACGAACAGGAGCAGAAUAAUGAAAAUAAUGACAAUGAUGAAUCCACCUCUGACUCCGAAACCUCCACCAACGCUAGCAAAGAGAACAACCCUUCUCUAUCCCCCUCGCCCGUUCGCACGUUCCCACCUCCCGCCCUCCGCAAGAACAUCCACGGGAAACGCCCCCUCUCCGUCCUAACCCUACCACUGGACAUGGACGACGCAUCCCCGACCUCAUCCGCCGACCUCGAAGGCAAUGCCUCCACGCCCUCCAAGCCAUCCGCGUCGGACAGGAAUAUUGCCGCCAACCAAACAUCAUCCUCUCCGACCUCCUCCCCGACCUCAUCAUCCUGCUACCACACAGAAAAUGACAACGAACCCAAGGACAAAGACCAAGCUCCCUUCCACCAUCAACCCCGCAACAAAUCCCCCAAACUCUCUAUCCCCAAGCACGGCGCCUCACCCUUAACGGGCGUCAACGCCUCUGGCCGCAUCCGCGACGACGACCUCGCCCCAACGUCAACAGUUGACCUCCAGAUCUUCGAGGACCCUUCCUCGUCAUCCUCGUCCGGGGACGAAGAGGACCGCCGGCGUCGCAGCGGUGACGGCAAGGAGAAUCCCCUGUCCAAGGACCGGCUCCCUUCUUGCGCGAAUCCACCUCAUGGCACAUCAUCCAAGCAAUACCCUCCGCUCUCCAUCCUAGGACCUUCCACGACAACCACAAUCCCGAAAACUACGAGUACUAGUACUAGUAGUACCUCUCGACGAGCCGUCUCCGCCUCCAUCCCAUCGGGGUCGAAACCGCUCCGCUCCGCAACAACAGGCGCGAGAAAGGUAUCGGCCUCGGCGGCUGGCUCGGGCAAGAAGGUGAAGCCGAGGAUUGGUAUUCGGAGGUUGUAAAAUAUCGACUUCGCCUUCUUCUCCAAAACCCCUCUUUCCUCCUCCCUGUCCUCCACGGACUUAGGGGUGUCAGCAUUAUGUGCAUUGCGAAGCCUGGGGGGAGUCCGAUAUCGAAGGGAAGUAAGAUUGUUUUUCAUGCUGGAAUGAAUGGGAUUCGGCCUUGCUUGCUUUUU